AUGAGAGUUUUCAAAUGGUUGCCCGAAUUUGAUGCAUAUUGUGAAUCACCCAUUGCGGCAAUUUGGUGCAACCUUAUCGGUCUCCCCAUACAUCUCUUUGAUCAAUCAGCCCUUUUCGCCAUAGGAAAGCUGCUUGGCACGCCAAUUCAGAUUGAUCGAGCAACGGCCAACAAAACUCGCCUCUCCUUCGCUCGAAUAUGCAUCGAAAUCGACAUUACACGGCCACCCCCCGAGGAGAUCAUCUUGGACAUAUGUGGACGGGAAGUGGUGCUGCAAGUAAAAUGGGAUAAAAUUCCAUCGUAUUGCGGAGAAUGUAAACACGUGGGGCAUAGGAGUGAGGUAUGUUAUGCGGCAAAGCUGUCGGAGCGUCCACCAAAACGGAACUAUAAUGUAGCCCCACCUAAACAGCCACAACAAGGGGAACGAGGAACCAAGAGCACCACAGUGGAACCGAGACAAAAUGAAUCCAAUACGAAAUGGCAACAACAAGGGAAUAACAAAGCCAAGGAAAGUCAGCCAAGUACGAGUUCGAAGGCUAGUGGAGGCAAUGGUCCUGGAGGGCUAGGCCCGAACAUCAUGGGGGACAUGCCGGGUGAACAUGGCUCGGAGAUGAUUCCCUAUCACAACAAAAAGGACAGGUACGGGCCCCAAAUCCACAAUCAACCGAGAGGCUCUCUCGGUAGAGCAUCCUCACUAGAACGAGGGUGGGAAGGUGCCAUGCUAGGGAAACUCAAGGAUGGCCACGAAGGGACCUCCUUGGCUGGGGAACGAGGGAGAUUGAGCGGGUCGUAUCGACACUUUGAUCUUGAGAAGGCCGAAGCAAAAGAGAGGGAAAGUCUCAUGAGUUCCAACCGGUACUACUCCCUCAUGGCCGAUGAAACUUUCGUUGACCACUAUGAUGGCGAACAAGAAGUUUGGGAAAUGAACACGGCCCAUUUUGAGGAGGUGGACGAGGCGAACCCCAAUCUCAUGGAAGCCGAACCAUGCCAAAAAGGAAAUGAUCUACAAGUCAUUGCAUUCCAAGGCGGGCCUUCACACCCACUGGGCAGCAAACUCCAACGGGAAGAUAUGGUUUUUGUGGAGGAAGGGGCGGAUUUUGAGGUGGUGGACGACUCGGACCAAAUACUCCACGGGAAAUACCUUUGCCCGCGGCUACCUUGUUCCAUUAUGGUGUCGGCCGUGUACACAAAGUGUACUAGGGGAGAACGAGUUGCGCUUUGGGACAAAAUGAGAGAAAUUUCAAUAAACACCGAAGGGAUGCCUUGGAUCAUUGGCGAGGAUUUUAACACCAUCCUCUCUACACGAGAUAGGGCCGGAAGUGACACUAAUCGACAAACGGAGAUGAUCGACUUCGCCGAAGCAAUCGAGGACUGCAGACUACUUGACCCAGGCUAUGACGGGUCGGACUUUACGUGGGCCAAGAAUGGCUUCUUCGAAAGACUAGAUCGGGUGUUGGUAAAUGAACAGUGGGCCCGAAUCUUUGAAGCAGUGAGGGCAACAAACCUUCCGCGGGUGGCCUCGGAUCAUGGCCCGGUGCUGGUGCGGUGCAAGCUUCCGCUUUCAAAAUAUGUGGAUCCGCCAUGA